UGCAGGGAAGUGAGUCAGUGAUGCACCCCAAAAACAUGGGCUACAGUCAGCCCCACAAUUACAGCACAGCAGGCUCACACCAGAGCUCAGACCAAGGCAGCAACAGCACCUCAGGGAGUCAGACUCAAAGGAGCACAACACAGGGACCCAAAACGCCAAAACAUAAUGUGUUAGGCUGGAGAGACGCUCUGCCGCAGGCUCAUGCUGAUGCCUGUGACUGUGAUGACUACAGCUUACCCAAGGACAAAAGGUAAGUGGGCAAGGGAGAACAGGAGAGAAUCGCCUACACAGAUAAUGGCUCAGAUGGAUUUCAUUACCAUUGGCCUUCAGUAUGGUGUGUG